UUGUCGUUUUGAGUGCGGUGCACAGUUAUGCAAUAAUGACGAAGAAUUUGCACAUUUGAGCGCACCGGGGUGGUGGUGGAAAUGAACAUCCAUUUCAACAGUAGUAUCUUUGAAUCUGAAUUUGAACACCUGUAGGCGUAAUAUAUCUUGAUUUCAUUGAUUAACAGAAUAUCCUAUGGUUAAUUCACUGCCCGAAAUAAAUUACAAGUCCACCGAUACCAGGUUAAUGGAGUACUGCGAACGUUGUGCCUUCACCCGAAUCGCCUGCUGUUGUCGCCUCCGUGUGGUCAUUCGGGGAAUCGAUGGAAUUUAACAAGGCAAUGUUUUUCUCGCAGCAGAGACUGGAUAACACAGACUUGCUUCUUCAAGACGUGUCAACCGACGGUUAAUGCGGUGCAACCGAUUGCGAGAACUCGGCAGAAGAAUGCCGCUCAAUCUGGGAGGGGGAAAUGAGUUUUAACCUUCGGCGUCGCUUGUUUCUCUUCAUGGAAUCAUCGGGUCGGAGUUUGACGUCUCCACUGCUGCCCGUGGAUUAACGCAAGACUCGACUCCGCUGUGAUCUAUCACGUUAAAAGUGUGAAUUUGUGGAGUAUUGCCCCGCUUCGAGUGCGAAACGCUAGCGUGAGUGGAGGAGAUUUAUCUCCUUUGGUGGUCGGAGAAGCUCGACAUCGAGUGGGUCCGGAUAAGACCAGCGGACACUUGUUGAAAUCGAGUUUCGCGAGAAAAGCUUGGCUCCAUUGCUUGGGAACUGAGCUAACGCCGUUAGCAAGGCAUUUGCUAACGGGGCACUCUACUUUCUUUGUAACAUCUAAAUAUCCUGACGGUAACCUACACAGAUACGUGUCUACUCAUUACGGUUUGCUGAAAGUAUAGCAUGAAAAGUUGGCAAAGUGCGUCUGUGGAAAAUGUUCGAGGCGGAUUUGACAGCAAUUUCGCUAACCUAGCCCCAAGUGGCAUCGCUUCUUGUAUCCGUUCCCCUCCAUGAUGUUAGCUUUGACAGCUAAAGCUAUGUCAACGUCAAACUCGUACAAGUGGCUCAAUGGAGAUGUCAAUAUGAAGUUCUGUUGUAUCAUUAACUUCGGUUGAUCGACAGACAGGCCACUGUCGUCCACAUUAACUUGCAGCCAUUUAAUAGUUGCAAAUACUCAAUAAAAAAAAAAAAAAAAAAAAAAGUUAUCCGUUUCGCCGUUAUACUCUGUUGUGACGCAAAUUCUAACGUUGAUCCACGAGGAAUGAGUGAUAUAAUUAUACUUUUUCAAUGGCGUACCUACUGAGAGAGCUUGAAAAAUAGAUUAAAAGCACCGCCCCAGACUCUUCGUUCCUUAAGUAGCUGAAGUUGUAGAACGAUGUCCGGCUCCCCGGGCACAGGGGGCUCAAACCCCAGAAAGUUCAGUGAAAAGAUUGCGCUGCAUAACCAGAAGCAAGCAGAGGAGACGCGGGCCUUCGAACAGCUGAUGACGGACCUCACUGUCUCAAGGGUGCAGUUCCAGAAAAUCCAGCAGCUUCGUUUGUCUCAAUCACGACCACAGUACUAUGGCGGCUCUUUGCCCAAUGUCAAUCAGAUUGGCAACACAAGCACUGAAUUUCAGGGAGGCUUUCCAUCAGGGUUGGAUUCUGUAAGAGGUACUCGCCACCAUGGAUUGGUCGAGAGGGUCCACAGGGAACGUAACAGGAUUAACUCUCCCCAUCGCAGACCCAUUGACAAGCAUGGACGACAGAUAGAGAGUUCUCCAUAUGGAACCGUAUACCUGUCCCCACCUCCAGACAACAACUGGAGAAGGGAUCAGCCCCCGUGGAGUGAGGAAAAGCGGCCUGGGUUUAGAUUAAUAUCACAACUCAACAGAACCAACUCAGACUCUGCUCUUCAUACGAGUGCUAUGAACCCUCAGGACCCCUUCAGUGUGAUCCAGCAGAUGGGUCGAGGGCCCCCACACCACAAUGGCUGGCAUGCAGCUAGUGUAAAUGAGGCAGCGGUGGAUGGGUCUGGAGACGUCUUCUCUUUCCCUGCGCUACCUAAUGAGGAGGGUCUCAGAGGUGUCAGUAAACCCCUCCCCAAGCAGCUGUGGGAAGCCAAGAAGGUCCAGUCUCUCGCUUUGAGGCCUAAAUCAUGUGAAGUGCCUGGUAUCAAUAUUUUCCCAUCCCCGGAGCAAAACCCUGGCCUCUCCCACUAUCAGGGCUCAUUAAAUACUGGAGGCUCCUUACCUGAUCUCAGCAACCUGCACUUCCCAUCCCCACUCUCAACUCCAUUGGACCCUGAGGACAAUGGUGGAUACCCAAAUCUCAGCGGAGGUAGCAGCACAGGAAAUUUGCCAGCUGCCAUGAUGCACCUUGGUAUUAGCCAUUCACAAGGCCGCUCCUCUUCUCUGAGUAAUCCCACAAUUCAAGCUUCCCUCAACAACUGUCAGCUUCAGUCUUCUCUCAGCAAUCCGUCCAUAAAUUCUUCUCUGCGCCUUUCUGGUAACUCCCCUCGGCGAAGACCAGCACCCAUCAGCCCGCUCACCCUUUCUCCUGGCACUGAGCAGCGUCGGGGCGUGUCUAAGCAGUUGUCUCCCACAAUGUCUCCAUCAUUGUCCCCUAUCACACAGGGAAUUCCUUUAGAUACCAGCAACACGCCAAGGGAGCCACCCCCUCCUUAUCCACUCUACCAGCAAUCCCAGCAUGCAGUGGACCAGGCGCGUCACUGCCAGCAGCAGCACCAACAUCAACAUCAGCCUGUUCCCCCUCUGCAAAGCAUUGCACUGGACUUUAACCCAAGCCAACACAACAAUAUGGCAGCGCUCUUCAGUGACUCAUUCAUGGAGCAACAAUUCUCCAGUUGCCACAACAAAACCCUCCGGUACCAGUUGGACCAGUUCAGUCUGCUGGAAAAUGCGAUGAGCUCCACAGCGGGUGGAUCUUGCUUCGACCCUUCCUCAUCCUCUUUGUACGCCUCCCAGGCGGCCCUCACAGGGCUGAGGGGCAGCCAUGGCAACCUGCAUAACCCCAUGCAAAUGGCUUCAAACAUGCUGUACUCCAACUGCACUGGAGGGUUGCCCAACAUCAUACUCACUGAUGAGUCCAACCCCAGUCUGUCAAAGGACAUCAGCAGCGUGCUCUCGACGGUGCCGGAGUGUUUCGACUCGGAAGGAGGCUUCCCGCUGGAAGACGAGUUGCACAUUGAGCCCCUCAGCCUGGAUGGUCUGAGCAUGCUCAGUGAUCCCGACAUGGUGCUGCCAGACCCAUCUGUGGAGGACACUUUCCGUAGUGACAGACUCUGAAGGGGACGUUUGAUCCCCCUUUUCCGGCAAACAUAAACACACACACUCACAUUUGCAGGAUAAAGAGCGCGAAGUGCAUGAAUCUGAAUAUGCAUGCAUUCGGUAGGUCGACUGCGCAUGCAUUGACUGCCACUCAAAAUCAUCAAAUGUGAACAAUCUGGAUACAUUGCAUGCAGUUAUACACAAACAUGCACACUUUUGGAGAAGUUGCAUGUUAAAGAAACCCGGUUUACACCUGCUCCAUGCAAAGGUACCUUCACACUUGUUUAAGCUCAUAUUUCAUCAUUAGACAUUGAUGGUGGUAUAAAACCAGUCACGGGAGUCACAAAAUCAGCUAAAUGUGUUGAUCCAUUGAGGAGUCUGGGCCAUUCUGCGUUUUUCCCUCCCCUUUCACAGCCAACCUUCAUAGCCAUGGCAGCAUUGCCGCCAAGGUUACAUUACUGUGCUGAAGAGCAGCAGAGAUGCCAACGCACAAUUGACUUUCCUCUCAGCUCCUGUAAAUGAGUGAAAGUCAAAUGAGAGGUGCCCUGCUGGAGCAGUUGCGUGUGGCCGAGGUAAACAUCCGAUUCCUUCCAGCUGACAUAUCAAACAAUUUCAUGCUCUUGAAUAUAUGGAGAAGGGAAAAGAUGAGGAGCAUCAGAGAUGUUGUUUGGAAUCUAUAUACUAAUAUACAAGUUGUAAUUUUAGUAUGAUUAGAAUGUACUACAAAACAAAAAAGGGCAAAAUGUUUACAAAGAUAUAUUAUUUUCAGUACGUUACUAAAGAAUAUAGACGUUUGGAUUUAUAACUAAGAGCUAAAAUUCUCAUGUGCCGCAUAAAGGCUAUAUUCCCUCAGCGGGGAGACAUUGUAUGCAUACAUUUUUAAAGAUGAAAUUUUAACAAUUUCUUUUUUUUUUUAGUUACAUCCAUGUAUGUUUAUUUUGAGUUUUGUACCAACUUGUACUGGCGCUUGCACUGUGCUUGAAUGUUGUAAGAAAGCAAGAGAUUAUCUGGAUCACUUGUGUUUGCAGUACAGUAAACCCCCUUGUGUGGCUGAAAAGACAAA